CCAGACAAUCCAGCCCAACAGAGCACUAGUGCAGACUGGUCCCACCACCUCUCGAUCAAAAGAUUAGCUACACAAUGGAAGUGAAGGUGUCUGUGGAUGGUGUCCCACGUGUGGUCUGUGGUGUUACUGAGAAAACAACUUGUCAGGAGGUGGUCAUAGCUUUGGCUCAAGCCCUUGGUCAGCCAGGACGUUAUACAUUGCGGGAGAAAUUCAAAGACUUUGAGCGGAGCAUGACACCCGAUGAACGCCUCCUGGAGUCACUUGAGAAGUACGAUCAGCAGGCCAAGGACGUUCAGCUCACUCUGCUUCACAACGGACCCUCUCUCUGGGAUGGAAUCAGCAGGGCAAAAGGUGGCAGAUACCAGCCUUGCCCGCAAAUGAGAAAAAAAGAUGCAGGCGCCAGAGUGCGAAGGGGUAGUGGUUCUCUAAGUUUGCAUCGUCGAAGUUUGCCACCACUAUCCCGUUUGCGACAGGAAGCUGAGCAGCCAUCAGAGGACCAGAAGAAGCCUAAAAGAAAAUCUUUGACACUCAUGGAGGAGGCCUGGGGAUGGCUGGAGAGUCUGGGUAAAGGUAAAGUCCACCUCUCUGACAGCAAUAAGGACAGCAGUAAGAAGAGUGAUAAAAGGAAUCGUUGCUCCAUGGACGUCUCUGUCACUGUUGACAAGGAUACUUCAGCUCCACGCGGUUUUUUAAGCAAAGUCAGAGGUCAAAAAAGUUCCAAAUCAAACUCGGAUCACCAAACGUCCUGUUGUAUGGGAAAUCAGACGAGGGAUAAAGAAAACAAACAUCCUAAGAAAGCCUCAGGAGCAAAACCUGAUGACAACCAGUUCAGUUCAAGCUGUGCUAAGAAAACUGAAAAUAUUCUAAGAGAAACCAUAAUGUGUCAACUUGCACGUUUGCAAGAUUUACAGCUCCAGAUAGCACUUGUAGAUGAAGAGAUUAGGGAGCUUGAGGGACAACAGAGGGCCAGGAAAGCUGAGCAGGAAGCCCAGCAGAAAAUUAUUGAAGAAGAGACUGAGCAGAUCCAGUUCUGGGAGAAUGAGCUAAAGGCAGAAGAAGUUUACGAGAAUGAUUUGCAGCAACAGUUCCUGGAGAUGAGGCAGAAGGCGGUGGAGUGCAAGGCCAAACUGGAGGAGUAUAGACACAGAAUGCAGGGGCUUGUUUUCUCUGGGGCUCAAAAAGUUAUCCAGGAUUCAGAAAUGAUUCCAAGGAAAGGAAGCACAAACACUGCUACAGAGAUUUCAGCAGUUUCAACUAAGGAUGUCAAUCAGCGAAGAUCUGACUCAGACAGUGGUGUAAAUAUCGACAGGAAGUUUCCGCCCAAAGAGGACUCCAAUCUUCCUCAUGCUCCAGUUGCUGGCAGUCAGAUAAAGGAACGACGGCCAACAGGACCUACAGAGCUCAGGGAGUGGUGGGCACGUUGGUCUGAGGCCCAAAGCCCCACAUCAGAGACUAAAAGGAGGGCCAUGCAUCGCUCUGAGCUCACAGUGUAUCUGGGCAGCACAAAGGUUUAACCUUUUGAAACAUGAGCAAUUUCACCAGAUUUAUUUCAAAAAUAUAGCAAAAAUGCCAAUGUGCAAAUUAACAAGACAUGACCAGAAAAAAG